AUGCAGAGCAAAUUCGCUGUAGUUUUGUUUGCGCAGCUGAGCUGCUUGACUUGCGCGCUUGCCGAGUCUGCGAUUACGAUCCCAUGGGUUGGAUACUCAUACUCCGGGAACUAUUUCGCCGGCUACGAAGGAAAGAUCGUAGGCACUGAUGGCGACAAGACAACCUACGAGAUCAACUGCCCGGCAGACAUAACCAGCUGCAUUCCAUUAGACUCCCCUAUGACUUUUAUUGCUGGGUCCAAUACCUACGAUAUGAUUUUGAGCGACCCACUCGAAUACACUAGCUCAGGAUGCACAUUCGCAGGUGCUCCAACACCUACAACAGCCACAUGUUCAUAUACUCAAACCCUCCGACUCGGCACCUACUCAACGUCUCGCACAAACACAUACAAUGUUCCGGACAGCACCGUUGCUCGGGAAAUCUACUCGGCAACCUUAGCGAUUGCCGGAUCUACUUCCUUGGCUAGCACGGCCACGAAGACAGCGACGGAAGCCUCCGUGACGCAUGCAUCCACUACAGGUUCUUCGUCAAAUGCAGCCUCGUCUGACACCGAGGCUACAGGUGCUGCUACCAAUAUUGCGACAACCACAACCGCGAGUGGUAAUGGUGCAUACAAAACCUCUGUGCCUAUGAUGCUAAUGGGUGGCUUGAUUGCAGGUGUUGCUUUGAAUCUGUGA